CAUCUAUCUGCCGCUGCCGGUAGCCACCGCCCGCUCCCUGCCCGCGUCUCUCGUCUUGUGUGUAUAUAUAAAUGCUCAGGGGCUCCCUGAUCCCCAAUUGUCCCAGGGCGGCCCCUCUCCCCCAACUCCAUCCUUAAACCCCCCAUAAGCCUUUUCUCUUUCCUUUCUCUCUUCUAUCUACUCUUUGCACUUUCUCCGACUCCGGGAACCACACACGGCGAGGCGAGGAGGCGUCGGAGCUCGCUGCCGUGGCGGCGCAACUCCGCCGGUGGAGUCGAGUCGAGUCUGGGUCUCCCUAUAUCAAACUGCCUCUGCAGCAGGAAAAAAGGGGGCGGACGCAUAGCCAGCAGCAGUAGCCCGAGAGGAAGAUGAUGAUGACUCAAGUGUCCAAUCACAGCAAGAGGAACCACACCGACAGCUACUUCAGCGGGAAGCAGCAGCAGCAGCAGCAGCAGGCCGUCGCCACCGCCGCCACCACCACCAGCGGCUCGGAGGAGUUCGGGGGCAUGGGGUCCAAGAAGCCCAGGAACGCCAGCCCCAGGGGCGGCGGACCCAUUUCUCCCAAGGAGAAGAAGGACAAGGUCGGCGAGAGAGUGGCGGCGCUGCAGCAGCUCGUGUCGCCGUUCGGGAAGACGGAUACGGCUUCUGUUCUUCAGGAGGCGUCGGGCUACAUCAAGUUCCUGCACCAGCAGCUCGAGGUUCUUAGCUCCCCGUACAUGCGCCCUCCUCCGGCGCCCGGCGCCGAGCCUGAGGACCCCGAGCACUACAGCCUGCGGAACCGGGGCCUGUGCCUGGUUCCGGUGGAGCAGACGCUGCAGCUGACCCAGAGCAACGGGGCCGACCUCUGGGCGCCGGCGAACACCACCAGGCGCACGUGAAGCGAGCCCCGAGUCUGGCCUCGACGGCGGCGAUGGCCGCGGUGCGUGGCGGCGGGCGGAAUUCCGGUGCAAGCGCGCGCAAAUGGGCUGACCCAAUUCGGUCAAUCUCCAAGCUAACACAAUCGUUUCGUUUCGUUGCUGUGAACAAAACCUCAACAGACCCUGUGCUGGCGCCGGUAGUAAUAGUACUAGUAUGUAUGUGUAAUCGUAUAUAGCGAGACGACGAUCGCCGUGGUCGUUGCGUGGGUGACUAUGCGGUUUAACAUGGUAGCUAGCGACCCGUUGCUGUCGCCGACUAAUCAUCAUCAAAAUCAGCAGUUUCGUUCA